AUGGCCGAUGUCCAAGGACACGGUGGAGGCCGUGGAUGCGGCAAUGGAGGCGAGCGAGGGCGUGGUGGUGGAAGACGUUGGAGGCGUGAACCCCGUUGCAACUACUGUUUGGAAUGGGGUCAUGUGAGAGGAGAAUGCGUUGGCUGGAAGGCUUUCACCGACGCGUGGGUUGCUGCGUACAAUGGUACUUAUGCCAGAUAUGGAAUGCAGCCUCCUACGCCUUACCAUCUCCGCCGCCGAGGAGCACAAGGCCAAGGUCGGGGAGCCCACCAGAGAGAACCAGCCGGCCCAGCACCAGCACCAGCACCAGCACUAGCGCAGACGGUGGCCGAAUUACAGGCAAGAAUAGCGCAGCUGGCAGCAGAAGUAGAGGCGCUGGCACAGGCGUUGGCAGCAGCACAAGCAGCCGCUGCAGAGACUGGAGACGCCGCUCCUCAGCAAAACGAGGAGAUGGACGCAAGAGAGUAG